UGGCAAAGGAAGAUCAGCCAUAGAGCUAGCCACACCUCUCCUCGAACCCUGGCGAUGCCGUUUUCGUUUCUGCUGUCCGCGAGAAUUGAGUGACCAGCGACUCCGUCUUCCCCCCCGGCGAGUCCCAGACUUCUGGCCCACUACUGCGCCCCAGGCGACCCCAUUUCUCCCAAUCCGGCUGGGCCAUGGGGGAAGAGAGGCGCCCCUACCCACCCAUCUGUUGGAUCCGCCUGCCAGACGUCUGCCUGCAGAGGGUCUUCUGGUGGCUGGGGGACAGGGACCGAUCUCGGGCCUCUCUGGUCUGCAGGAAAUGGAACCAGAUCAUGUACUCGGCCCACCUCUGGCGCCACCGGACCAUCACCUUCAGUGGGAGGCCGUCCCGCUCCCACGCCACCGAAUUCGAGUCGGCCCUCUGGUACAUCAAGAAAUUCGGCAAGUACCUGGAGCACUUGGAGAUCAAAUUCAUGAACCCUUACAACUCCCUCCUGACCAAGAAAUUUCAGCUGACCAUGAGAGGCCUCCUCUCCUACCUGGGCAGGUGCAACAACCGCCUGAAGUCCCUCUCCAUCCAGCAUCUGGAGCUCGACCGGAUGGUCUGGAGGAGUCACAUAAGAACCUCAUUCGUCAAGAGCCUGAGUUUCUUCCUGAGGAAAAUGAGCAAGCACCUGGACUGCUUGAACCUGCGUGGGGCCAAGGUGUCCCUGGACCAGGGCUGCUCCAUCCUGGCCUCCCUGAGCCAUCUGCAGAGUGCCAGCUUCGCCUCGGUGCUCAACAUCGAGGACUACUUUAGCCACCACCUCUCGGUCUACGGCUACCCCCAGUUCAACGACAUCAUGGACACCUUCCGCCGCUUGGCCGUCCUGACGCUCAACUACAACUGUGUCUCCGACGAGCUGCUGGAGAUCCUCUGCAAGAACAACGCCAGCUCCCUGUGGACGCUGAACAUCAAGUGUCACGUGCACGACCCCCACAGCCAGGUGGUCUGGGGCUUGUCCUGGGCCAAACUGGCCCGACAAGCCACCAACCUGAAGGUCAACUUCUUCUUUGAGCGGGUCAUGAAGUACGAGCGUUUAACCCGGAUCCUGCUGCAGGAGAUUCCCAUUCGGAGCAUCAGUCUGCGCAGCUGCUACUUCAGCGACCCUGACUGGUCCAUGAGACCCACUCUCACUGAUCUCUUGCCAAACUACCGGAAGACCCUGCAGAAAUUAACUUUCGAGUUCAACAAUAACCACGAAACCCUAGAUGAGGAGCUUCUUCAACUCAUUCUGAUCUGUGAAAAGCUGUUUUACUUCAAAAUCUGGGCUUUCCUGGACGUGAAGUUCGUAGAGAGGAUUCUCGAAUAUCAAGAAAAGGGAAAAUGCCAGUUGCAAACCCUAAAGGUGCGAAUUUACACAAACAAGUAUGAGACAAAUGACGAGGACAGAAUUCUCCGAGAGACAUACAGGAAGUACAGAAGGCUUAUAGAUGCAGAGCUGAAUUAUUUUGUCAUCGCUUACCCGAUGAUGUGAUGAGCGUCAUUCGAGGAGGCAGAAACUAACUUCGCUUCGAGCCCACAGUACGAUGUCUUUCACAAAUAUUCAUCAUCUUCGCCCGUGUGACCCCUUGCAUCAUUAAAGUCCAUGGUGAAAGUCAGCAGCAAAGAUCCGACAGGUUCC